ACCUGGAGGAGAAACAUGCCAAGCACUCUGUCUGCUCCGGAUGACUCCACGGUGAAGACUGAAGAGGAGAAGGAGGUGCUGGUGUUAGUGGAGCCAGAAGAUUUUCUAAAGCGCCUCUUUUCCCUAACCCAGAGUUUUGUCGAUGCCCCACCAGGGAGUCAGCCGGUUCUGAACCAAGUACUGCCUUUGGCCAGCCCGGAGGGCUCCUCCACCAGAACCUACAGCCCGGCCGUCGUGGGGCUGGGUGCCUACCGGUGUAACCGGGAGCAGGACAGGCAGCAGGCACGGAGCCCUGCAAAGCAACGUCCCGGAUCCCAGCCUGGCCCUGAGCUGUCCGUGACUCAGCGGGAGAUACUGGAGACGCUGGUGGUGCUUCCGCUGUGGGGUAACACUGAGGUACUCUUCCUAGACACGUGGCAGGAAUUUGGUGAACACGUUUCUGCGCUGACAAAGGCGAUAGCGAAACGCCCGUACAAGAGGCAGCAGGAGAUGCACGAGUUGCCUUUCUGCACUGCGGGGAUCUCAGGCAGCAGGGUGCGAGUGGAGAAGGAUGGCACGGGACUGUGGCAGGUGUGGAAGAGACAAAUCCAGCAGUUUAAUAGGGUCAGCCCUGCAACGGCAGCAGCGGUAGCAGAAGCAUAUCCCUCCCCACGCCUCCUGGUACAGGCCUACAAAGAGUGCAGCACGGAUGAUGAACUACUUCUGCUGAGUGACAUCCCAGUGAAAUCGGAUGUCAUUGGGCAGGACCGCCGCCUUGGGCCAGACUUAUGCCGCCACAUCUACCUCUUCAUGGUAUCCACCGACCCCAGCCUUGUCCUGGACCUGACGGCGUAGUGGGACCUCGGGCUGCCUUGGUCAGCCCCGUCGUUUUUAUCUGCCAAAACUCAGCAGUAGCGGAGCUGCUGCUGGCAUGGCCGUGCAGCUCGGAGCCCAGCCAGUGGAAGCAGCUGGUUCUGUUUCAGAACAGAGACUUGCACAUCAAUAAAUGUCUCGUUACAGAUGC